AAUUAAAUGAAUUAAGUACUUUACAUAAAAAAUGAAAUCAACACAAAUUGAAACACGUGGGAAAUGUUCAGAGAAUAACAAAAACAAAAGAAAAUUUGUCGAGUUUAAAUAUGGAAACUACUCGAAUUACUAUUUUAAACGAUUCAAAUCAGAAUCUAUUGAAAAAGAUUCUAGAAUUACUCUAUUUGAAAGUCAUCCUGAAUUCUUUAGACACAAGAAAAUUCUCGAUAUUGGUUGUAAUUCGGGAUACAUCACAAUACAAAUUGCAAAGAAACUUUCACCGACUGAAAUACUAGGAGUAGAUUUGGAUGGAAAUUUAAUAGAUCAAGCAAGAAGGGAUUUAGAAAUUGAAAGGAAAACAAGUAAACUUGAGAUUACCAAAGAAGUUUUAAAUCGUGUAAGCUUUCGAAAGGCAAACUACAUACUCAAAGAUGAAAGUUUAUUGGAAUUUGAAAAUCCACUGUACGACACAAUUCUAUGUCUAUCCAUUACUAAAUGGAUUCAUCUCAACCACGGCGAUAAUGGAAUAAAAUUCAUGUUCAAACGAAUCUAUAAGCAACUGAAAACAAACGGUGCUUUAAUAUUAGAAGCACAAGAAUUCAAUUCCUACAAGAAAAGAAGUAAACUUUCUCCAGAAAUCCUCGAGAAUUUUAAGAACAUAAAGCUUAAACCAAAUGCAUUUGAAGCUUACUUGUUAAGUGAUGAAAUAGGAUUCUCUGAAAGCUGGUUUAUUGCUGAUAAGAAAUCCCUUAAGGAAAGUGGCCAGCCAAAAGGUUUUCAUCGAGCAAUUCAAGUUUUUGUGAAAAGAUGAGAGACGGAACAUAAAAUAAGAGACUGAAAAUCUUCAAACAUGUGUCUUCGUUCCUCUCAAUAUUUUUCUUUCACUCUCUUGCUUCAAAAAGGAAUUCUCUUGUCAAGGGAAACGAAAAAGCUUUCUUUAUAAAUAAAUCCUUAUUUGUUUCUUUGUUCAUAAUGUUUCCUUUCGGAAAGUCAACGAUUGUGAAUGAUAAAAUCAUUCAAACGUUGAUAAUGAUUUCAAAUGCAAAUUAAUUUAAAAAACGAAAAUAAACAGUAUAAAGCAAUU